ACUCUAUUCACGCACGCGCUAAAGUUCGUAGCGAUAACGAGGCUGACCUGACAAAAAGCACAUGUGCGAGCAGACGCUGAAAAUGGACGGCCAUGCGAAAACGGGCUCCGCGGCGUAUUGUUGUGUGCCGCUUUGUAAUGAAGACAGUCGUCGGGGUACAGCAACAUCCUUCCACUCUUUUCCAAAGGAUCCAUCUGUACGGAAAGAGUGGAUUAUUAAAAUACGACGAGACGAAGGCCCCGACUUCCAUAUAUCAAAGUCCACAUUUGUGUGUUCCAAGCAUUUUAAGGAAGAUGAUAUUGUAAAAACAUUGACAGGACUAAGAAAAUUGAAGAAAGGCAUAGUACCAAGUAUGUUUCCAUGGACUAAGAGUGCACCAAGCCGUAAACCACCCAAGAAGAGGGAAGGACCUCCUCAAGAAGAAACAUCAAUUAUUAAGAAGCAGAAAACAUCAUCGUCAAUCUCGUUAGACACAGACCAACAUUCAUCAUCAACUGCAACAUGUGCCAUUGACACUUCAACAGAUAUGCCAUCUGAAGAGCAUGACUAUUGUCGCCAAGCACCAUCUCUUGAAGAAGAUCUUGAGGCAAUGAAGAUACACAUUUCUAAACUAGAAGAAAGGGUACAGCACCUUGAGAAGAAAGUAGAGAAGUUCGGAAUUGAAAGAUUUUCCAAAGAUCCAAAUUUGAUAAAUUUUUACACUGGUUUUUCUACUUAUGAUAUUUUUUGUGCUGUAUAUAAUGUUGUUGAGCCAACAGCCUCAAAUAUGAUCAGGUGGUCACAAAAUUAG